UCUAACACAUCAGCCACAAGUCAUCUCUCUCUCUCUCUCUCUCUCUCUCUUCGUUUCUCAGGCACAAGGAAUCAAUGGAAAGUGAGAUCUCAAGGCUCUCCUCCCUCUGUGAUCCUCUAGUAGAUUGUUAGUGAAUUCUCUCUCUCUCUCUCUCUCUACAGAAUUCAUUUCCUUAGCUAAGUUACAAACUUCAAGGAAUUUGUAGAGAAACAGAAGAGGAUCAGGAUUCCAAGGUUGGUUGACCACUAUCAUCAAUAUGAGACUAUGGCCCCGGCGAUGAACCUCCUCCGGCCAACCCACUGCGAUGGCUACGGUAGCGCCUACUUCGACGACAGUCGACUGGAUCAUGAACAAGCAUCGGGUCUGAUGGCUGACAAGGCCACUGGAACCAGCGACGGACACGAAGAGGGGGACAAGAUCGGAAAAGAAGCCUCCAAGGCCGAUGGCGACGACGGCCGCGGGGGAUGGCUCCAACUGAGCAUCGGAGGCGGCCGUCGCUCCAACUAUCCCAAACUACAAGAUCCUUCGCCGGUGCUGGAUCCGUCAAGUAGCAACGGUAGGAAUAAGGGCGAUCCACCGGAGUUCCACUUGUUCUGCCGCAGACCCUCCGAGCCACCUCCGGCCUUGGCGCCGCCGCUGUUCCCUGCGAUCAUGGGAGGGUACUGCCACCAAUGGCCGGAGUAUCCAAGCCCAAGCUCCACGGCGAGAACAUUCACUCCGUCGAGCAGCAGCCGGGGCCAGUUCGUGUGCCCGUCGGCUAGGUUCAGCUCGCCGCUGCGGCUCGACGGGGAGAUGAGGGUGGUGAGCCAGCCACGUCGGCCGCAGACGGGCAUGUGGCUCGUUCUCCAAGCAGCACAAGACCAGGUAAAGGAGCCUUUCCUGCCUCAGAUACCCAAGAGCUACUUGAGGAUCAAGGAUGGAAGGAUGACAAUUAGGCUGUUGAUGAGGUACUUGGCUAGUAAGCUUGGGUUGGAGGAUGACUCACAGGUGGAGAUUACUUGUCGAGGUCAGCAGCUUUCUCCUUUCUUGACACUAAUAUAUGUUCGGGACAACAUCUGGUGUUCACUGGAAGCAGUGGAGCUGCACACAGACACAUCUAGCACCAAAUAUGUCAUGAACCUCCUUUACAGAAGCAGAGGCAGAUGCAGAUAGAAUGAAUCCUUGCCCUGCUUAAUCGCCGAAUUGAAGUUUUUUUUUUCCUCGAAUGUUGUCUUCAAUGUGUUAUGUCUCUUCACUUAUCGAGCUCCCGGGAAAAAGAAAAAUGGAACUAUGAUCCCAAUCACUAGACCAGAUCAACAUGAUGUUAUAAACCAUAGGUGUAGUGUACUUGGUGCGAAUUCGCUUGAUUUUUUUUCUUCCCUUUCUGGUUCACUAAUUCAAGUUCCUGCU